UGUAUAUAUUUGCAGAUAUACGCCAUUCUUUGGAAACUACCUGAAUAAAACCCUAGAUUAUCGCGUGUCUGGAAAAUUACAAGCAAAUAUUUUUACUUAAAAAAAAAACUACGGAGGCCAAACUUCAAUAAAACAAACUUAGAAUGUCUCGUACUGAAAGUCGUAUUUAUAUUGGGAACUUGCCUCCAGAUAUUCGUACAAAGGAUAUUCAGGAUUUGUUUCAUAAAUUUGGUAAAGUAACAUUUGUCGACUUAAAAAACAGGCGUGGUCCGCCAUUUGCAUUUGUGGAGUUUGAAGAUGCUCGAGAUGCGGAGGAUGCAGUGAAAGCUCGAGAUGGUUAUGACUAUGAUGGAUACAGAUUGCGUGUAGAGUUUCCUCGAGGAGGUGGACCAGGCAGUUUCCGUGGUAAUCGUAAUGACCGUAAUCGCAAUGAUGGUGGUCGUGGUGGUGGUGGUGGAGGCGGUGGCGGUCGUGGGCCACCUACCAAGCGUUCACAAUAUCGAGUCAUGGUAACUGGUUUACCAUCUUCUGGCUCGUGGCAAGAUUUAAAAGAUCAUAUGAGAGAAGCGGGUGAUGUGUGUUUUGCUGAUGCGUAUAAGGAUGGUACAGGUGUCGUUGAAUUUUUGCGGCAUGAAGAUAUGAAAUAUGCUAUAAAAAAAUUGGAUGACUCUCGCUUUAGAUCUCACGAGGGAGAAGUCUCGUAUAUACGAGUACGUGAAGACUCUGGUGAAGGCGAUCGUGGCGGUCGUGGGCCACGAGGGGACCGUUCCCGCUCUUUUUCACCACGUGGUCGUCGCCGUGGGUCACCAACUUAUUCACCUGUCCGACGUUCAUACUCCAGAUCAAGAUCUCGCUCCCGCUCGAACUUGUAAACUACACUAUAAAAUAAACAACUCGGAAUACGAUAGCAUUCAUCGAAUAAACGUAUGGUUUGUCAUAAGUAUACCUACUGAAAAAUUAAUGUUUCCGCAUACCUAAGCUUUCUUAUCAUGGAGUUUACAUAUUUUAAGGCAAGCAUGACUUGAUAAAAAACAUUCUAUUUUAAAUAUUUUAACACUUAUAAUAUUACUUUUUAAAUUUCUAAACUGAAUUCAGUAAAUUCUUUUGAAUUUUAAUUGCAUCUACUUUGUAUGAAAGUAAUUUUAACGGUAUCGAAGAAGAUGCAACCUAUUGUAAUUUUCCAUACACAAAAAAAAAACUGAAGCAAAUUUAAUAAAAAAGCAAAAGUAAUAUCUGUACUAAUCAAA